AUGUCCCAAACACUCACCACAACCAUAACCACAACCCACCAAAACCCUUCUCACCAAGAGGACGGAAAAGAAGAAAAAGAAAAAGAAAACGACCCCCCAACCCUCCACACAACCCUCACCACAGACCAAAAUGACCUCAUCGCCGCCCUCCGCCUCCUCUCCGACAGCGUCGCCCAGCAGCGCCAACUCGCCGCGCGCGCCCUCCUCGCCAACCCGCUCGCCCUGGCUCCGCUCCUCGCCCUCCUCGCCGCAGCUUACAAACUCACCUACCACGCGCCCGCGGACCUUCCGCUCUUCCUCACCACCGCGGCUGGCUGCGUCGCCGUCUUCUUGACCGCCGUGAGAUGGGUGUGCGCCGGGUAUAUCGAGGAGGCGGAGAGGGUGGGGACGUGGAGAUGGUUGCGGCAGCAGCACCAGCAGCAACAACAACACCCCGCUCAGGACAAGAACAGGAGCACGAGCAAAAGCAAAAGCAAGAACACAAGCCAUCGCAAAGUCAGGCUGCAAAGUGAAGAUGCAGAUACAGAUGGGGAUGAGGAUGCGCAGGUCGUGCUGAUCACCCGCUUCGGCGAGCGGAUCAUCGGCGCCCUUGUCCUUUGCGGGCAGACCCAGCACGCAUCUGGUGGUGGGGAAGUCCGGGGCGUGAUCCGUGGGUGGACUGUUGAGCGCCGGUAUCGGGGAUUUGGGGUUGGGCGGGAGCUGCUGGAGGCUGCGGUGGGGGUUUGUCGGGAGAGGGAAUGGACGGGGCCGGAGUUUGAUGCGGCGCAUGCGAAUGCGAAGAGGGUGGUGCCGGGGUGGUUGGAUCGGGGGUUUGAGGAGAGGGAGCGGAGGGCGAGGCGGGUGUUGGAGGGGGUUAAGAGCGCGGGAGGGUCAUAG